GUUUGACUGACAUUGUCAAAUUGACAAAACAAAUUCUUUCUUCUUGACAUUUUGCUCAAGACGAACGUUUACUUUUCGGCAUUACACGUUUCGUGUCGCUAAGACUUAAAAAAUGCGUUACGUGGCCGCGUAUUUACUGGCUGUGCUCGGAGGGAAGGUGUCCCCGGCUGCCGCGGACGUGGAGAAGAUCUUGAGCUCGGUGGGCAUUGAAGCCGACUCCGAGAAGCUGAAGAAGGUCAUCGCUGAGCUCAAUGGCAAGAGCAUCGAGGACUUAAUAGCUCAGGGCCGUGAGAAGCUGUCGUCGAUGCCGUCCGGAGGCGCCGCGCCCGCUGCCGCCGCCGCCGCCGCUCCCGCCGCCGCUGCUGAAGAAAAGAAAGAAGAGAAAGAGACCAAGAAGGAAGAAUCCGAAUCAGAAGAUGAGGACAUGGGCUUCGGUCUUUUCGACUAAUUUUAUACUAAAGAGUGCGCGGAGUACGCGGUCGUUAUUCCAAUUUAUCGUAAGCGUAACUGACGGCAUUUAUGUUUCUAUGAAAUAUAUGUGCUAAAAUACA